AUGGCAAAAUCUAUUCAGAAAAGCCUGAAAGUUAAUCUCAGUCCAGGCCUGCUCUGCCGCCUGCCCUCUGCCAUGCUGCUGCAGGUGCGGGUCCUGGUGGGAUGCUUGGUUACUGAGCUUGGGGCGGAGCGUUGGCUGGGUGGGACGGAGUGUCACAGACUCACCUGGCGCGUCCCUUCGUUCCAGCGGCGCACCGUCUCCGUUCUGACGUCACGUCGGGCUCCUCCCACUGGCUGCGGCUCCUCAGUUAAAUUCACAGAUUUAUCUGAGAGAGCUUCCAGUUGCAGCAGUAUCUACAAAUCUUUCAGUGCAUCAUUUUCCCAGUUGCACUCAUCAUUGUCAUCCUUGUGUUUCAAGUCUGAGGAAACAUUCAAAAACUCCUCUAGCAUUGCUGUUACAGUUGACGACAGAAGAUCUCCCCAAGCAUCAAGUGAAUUUGGUAGCAGUGUCCUAAGUCCUGGCCUAUACAGUAAGAGUUGCUGUGGUAACACCGACCUUUACCAGGCUUCCUCAUAUUCAGUGAGAAAAUAUUCACAGCCAUCAGACUGUUCUCCUAUUGACAAAAUGUGGCAUGACCAUUUUCUUAAUCACUGGCCAGUCCUUCCGCCAAUCUCCCCACAAAGAGCAUUGUCAGAAUCGAGCAGCUUGGGUAAAACGUUAAGACAAUCUACAGUAUCUGAAUUCAGUAACAGUGACCAGGAUGCCUUUGAUGAGCUGGAAAUGUUGGCACCAUACACUGGUUCAACACAGUCUUUGGAAAAUGCACAGAGUGAGUCUUCUGGAGACUGCUCGUCGGAUUCAGAUAUUUGCAAAUAUACUGCUUCCUUAACUAUCGGUUUAUCUGAUCCAGAAGAAUCUCUUGCAGACUUACGACUUUCAUUGUUAGAUCAUGCAUACGAUCGAAAUGUCGACUAUCAUGAAGAAAAAAGUACAACAUGGGAUGAUAACGGGGUAAUGCACUCACAAAGGAAAGUAAAAGAAUUCCUAGCUCUUUCUACAGAAGAAGUGAUGCGUCACCUCCUUGCUGCCUUGACCCACCUGCAGUGGACAAAUCUUCAUUGA